UGCGGCGGCGCUCGCUGACGAACUACAAUUCCCAGGAGCAGGGCGGGACCCCAGGACUCGCUUUCCCAGCGUGCCCCGCGGCGGGGGUCUGGGUAGUAGUGCGCAUGCGUCCUAGCCACCGCCGAGCGAGGGCCCCGGUUUGACCUAGAGCUGCAGGAGACAAUGGCGGCGGCCGCGGGGCUCCCGGGGAAGCUGCGCUUCUUCAGCACCUCCCUCGCCAGGCCCGCCUCCCAGCUGGUGAAGCCUCCAAUCCAGGUUUAUGGACUAGAAGGUCGCUAUGCUACUGCUCUCUACUCUGCUGCUUCUAAGCAGAAAAAACUGGACCAGGUCGAAAAGGAGCUUAGUCGAGUAUUGACCCUUCUGAAGGACCCCAAAUUGUCUAAUGUUGUCGUGAAUCCUCAUAUAAAGAGUGUAAUUAAACAAAAAACCAUAAAUGAUGCUUUAGUAAAAGAGAAACUGUCUCCGAUCACGAUCAACUUAAUGAAAUUGCUUGCUGAAAAUGGUCGCUUGAAACAGACUCCAGAUGUAAUUUCUGCUUUUGGAAAGAUCAUGAGUGCAUACCGUGGAGAAGUGCUCUGCUCAAUCACCACUGCGAAUCCCUUGGAUGAGGCCAGCCUCACUGAAUUAAAAACAGCUUUGAGUGGCUUCUUGGCUAAAGGAGAAGUCUUGAAAUUGGAGACCAAGACUGAUCCAUCAAUCCUGGGUGGAAUGAUUGUCAGCAUUGGGGAUAAGUAUGCUGACAUGUCAACAAAAUCCAAGAUUCAGAAACUGACCAAAAUCAUGAGAGAUACCGUGUAACAUCUUAUCUAACUGUUUUUCACAGUGAAACCUGUCAAUCUAUUAUAUGGAAACAAUAAAAUAUUUCUCCUUCGA